UAAAGAGAUCUGCGAGGCAAAUGAAACGAUCAUGUGCCCUAUGUGUGAACGCAAUUGCACACUACAAAAACUCAAUGAAAGCUGCAUAUAUGCCAAGGUUACACAUUUGUUUGAUAAUGGAGGGACUGUCUUCUUUGCUAUUUUCAUGGCAAUUUGGGCUACAGUCUUUCUGGAGUUUUGGAAAAGACGGAGAGCUGUGUUAACCUAUGACUGGGACCUCAUAGACUGGGAAGAUGAAGAGGAAGAGCUGCGCCCUCAGUUUGAGGCUAAAUAUUCCCAAGUGGAAAGAGUAAAUCCCAUCACAGGAAAACCUGAACCUUUUCAGCCUUUCCCUGACAAGCUCAGUCGACUGAUGGUGUCUGUCUCAGGAAUAUUCUUCAUGAUUUCACUAGUCCUCACCGCAGUGUUUGCAGUUGUGGUGUAUCGUCUGGUGGCCAUGGAGCAGUUUGCUUCUUUCAAGUGGUAUUUCAUCAAGAAGUAUUGGCAGUUUGCAACCUCUGGCACUGGAGUCUGUAUCAAUUUUAUGAUCAUCAUGUCACUCAAUGUUGUGUAUGAAAAGGUUGCCUAUCUCCUGACAGACUUGGAGCACCCUAGAACAGAAUCUGAAUGGGAAAACAGUUUUGCCUUGAAAAUGUUCCUCUUCCAGUUUGUUAACUUGAACAGCUCCAUCUUUUACAUUGCCUUUUUUCUUGGCAGAUUUGCAGGUCGCCCAGGAAAGUACAACAAGCUUUUUAACAGAUGGAGACUGGAAGAGUGUCAUCCUAGUGGCUGCUUGAUAGAUCUGUGUUUACAAAUGGGAGUUAUUAUGGUUUUAAAACAAAUGUGGAACAACUUCAUGGAACUAGGCUAUCCUUUAUUACAGAAUUGGUGGUCACGACGCAAAAUGAAGAGAGGAGGGCAAUCAAUGGAGCAUAAAAUUUCUCUACCUCAGUGGGAAAAAGAUUGGAAUCUGCAGCCUAUGAAUCUCCAUGGCUUAAUGGAUGAAUACUUAGAGAUGGUUUUACAGUUUGGCUUUACCACCAUCUUCGUCGCUGCCUUCCCACUGGCUCCUCUCCUGGCGUUGCUUAACAAUAUCAUAGAAAUAAGGUUGGAUGCGUACAAGUUUGUCACGCAGUGGCGAAGACCUAUGCCCGCGAGAGCAACAGAUAUAGGUAUCUGGUAUGGGAUUCUGGAAGGAAUUGGAGUUCUGGCUGUCAUCACCAAUGCCUUUGUUAUUGCCAUUACUUCUGAUUACAUUCCACGUUUUGUCUAUGCAUAUAAAUAUGGUCCCUGUACAGAUCAAGGGUACAGACAGGAAAAAUGCUUAAAAGGAUACGUCAACAGCAGUUUAUCAGUAUUUGAUUUGAGUGAACUUGGGAUGGGAUACACAGGAUACUGCCGGUAUAGAGACUACAGAGCCCCACCAUGGAGUUCAACUCCAUAUGAAUUCACUUUGCAGUUCUGGCAUGUCCUGGCAGCACGGCUGGCCUUCAUCAUAGUGUUUGAGCACCUUGUUUUUGGAAUAAAGUCUUUCAUUGCCUACCUGAUUCCAGACAUGCCCAAAGACUUGUGCGACAGAAUGAGAAGAGAGAAAUACUUAGUCCAGGAAAUGAUGUAUGAGGCUGAACUGGAGCAUUUGCAGAGGGAAAGGAAAAAGAAUGGGAAACAGUAUCACCAUGAAUGGCCUUAG